GGGGAAGCGGCGACACUGUGAAAGGUUUUGAGAUGUCCCGUGUUCCUCUUGGAAAAGUCCUACUUAGAAAUGUCAUACGACAUACAGAUGCCCAUAACAAGAUCCAAGAAGAAACAGAAAUGUGGAAAAUCCGAGAAAUGGAAAAGCAGACUGAGGCACACAGAACAAAGAAGAGAAGAGUAUCACCAGAUCUAAACAGAUGGGAUCAUAAUGGCUACAAAGAACUCUAUCCAGAGGAGUUCGCUGAUAACAGAAGUCGUAUGAGGUCAGAUGGGUUUGAUGCUGAUGGGAAUCGGGACCCUGUGAAAGGUGGAGCUGCAGCAGCAGUUACUCUAAGACAAGAUGCUCUGAGUGUGCGGGCCUGGAACAAGAAGUAUUAUGAGUGCGAGGCUAGCAUUCCUGACAGAUGGGGACAUAGUGGGUAUAAGGAACUGUACCCUGAAGAAUUUGACACAGAAAGCGAUCGAGGGGAAGAAGAAGGAAAAAGAAAAGCUAAUGGACAGGAGAAACCAAGACACAAAAGCCAUAAAGAACAAGAAUCUCGCAAACGGAAACGGUCAAAGAAGGGUCAUAAGAAGAAGCAGAAGAAGCGUUCACACAAAAAACUGAAGAAAAGAAAGAAAGAGCAGGUGGAAAGUACGGAGUCUUCAAGUGAAAGCUCAGAUGAAUCGGAAGAAAAGCGGAAGAAGUCCAAGCGGAAGAAGACAACCCGGAAUAAGAGGGCAAAGAAACGGCCAUCAUCCUCUGGCCAAGACAGUGACUCAUCAAGUGAUGAUAUGAGCAGUACAGAGGAUCCUAAAAUAGAGGACCGCAAAAAAAGAUGGACU